AAUCUUAAAGCGGAACGAUAGGCUGGCUCACUCCUGUCCCCGGAACUUAACAGUGUGACAUCCAGCGGAAGUAAACAAUAUAGGCGCUGCUAACGUUUAGACAGUGUUACCGCGCAGAUACGUCUGUAAUUUAUGAUCGAAGAUGAUAAAUUGAUUUUAUGUUUUUCGAGUUGCUGCGUCGUGUUAAAUUAGGUCGCUGUAACCAUAGAAACCACUUAGACCUUUUCCAUUUUGUGCGAGAGUUCACCCCCUGCCGUUUCCGGUGCCGUUUCAAGCUAAGCUAGGGUAGUUAAUAUUUACUGUUUACAUCUGUUUAUGGUGUUAAAACCACGGCGUAGACUUUCAAAUAAGUACAGAAAAAAAUAAAAACAGUUAACGCUUAGCGUCAUGCUGCUGGCUGCUUUGCGACUUUAGUUCAACGCAUAGCUAGCUUUAGCUAAUUUUCUGUGAAAAUGGUGAAUGCUAAAUUGCCUUUAACAGCGUGUUUUGACAAUUACAAUAACGACUGUCUCUGACUGAGCGCGUAAAUAUCUCUGUGGCAAACAGCUCUGUGAAGAUUUAGGAAAAAGGGAAGGAAAGGAAAUAAAGAAACUAUCGUACAAAAUCAGACAGGCAAACAAAAACAAAGGAAUAAUUACAGACAACGAAAAACAUAAAGCAAAAAAAAAGAAGGUCUAAUACACUUGUGACUUGUGUUACAUAUUCGAAAAUGAGUGAGAGGAAGUAAAAACGUAACUUUUAUUUUGAAUACAGGAAAUAAGUAAGCACAAAUUAUGAUCAGCUGACUGAAACGUUGACAAAGCAAGUUGGCCGCCGGGUGGAGGAAGCAGGAGCCGUCGCUGACGGUCUCGGUCGGAUUCAAACAACUGAAACGUCCGAUGUUUCCGUCGCGGCUCGCUGUGAUUUCUCCUCUUCGUGUUGCUGCUCGGUGGUUUCCAGUUUGGCCAGUUUGAGCUGUGAUUCAUGUAAAAGGUGAACAAAAAGAGUCAGAAUGGACAUCCAGGACGAGAGGAGGAGGCUGCUGGAUGCGGAGGAUGGAGAUGAAGAUCCUACUGGACUCAUGUCGGAGCAGGAGGCUUACAUGAGUAAAGUGAAAAACAGGAAUUUGUACCUGGCGACGUUUGCGUCUGUUCUGGGUCCAAUGAGCUUCGGCUUCGUGUUGGGGUACAGCUCUCCUGCCAUCCCCGAACUCACCAACAUCCAUGACCCUCGGCUGCAGCUGGACGAUGACCAGGCGUCCUGGUUCGGGUCCAUAGUGACGGUGGGAGCGGCGGCCGGCGGCCUGCUGGGCGGCUGGAUGGUGGAGAAGAUCGGCAGGAAGCUCAGUCUGAUGUUCUGCUCGCUGCCGUUCGUCUUCGGCUUCACCAUCAUCAUCGCGGCGCAGAACGUGUGGAUGCUUUACGUCGGCAGGGUGCUGACCGGCCUCGCCAGCGGGGUCACGUCACUGGUCGUCCCGCUGUAUAUCUCUGAGAUGGCGCACGAGCGGGUACGAGGGACGUUAGGCUCCUGUGUGCAGCUCAUGGUGGUGUUCGGCAUCAUGGGAGUGUAUUUGGCAGGUCUCUAUCUGGACUGGCGCUGGCUGGCGAUCUGCAGCUCCAUCCCGCCCACGCUGCUGAUGGUCUGCAUGUGCUUCAUGCCAGAGACGCCGCGCUUCCUGCUGUCUCAGGGCAAGAGGCGGGAGGCCGAGGAGGCGCUGCGCUUCCUGCGAGGGCCGGACGCCCCCGUCGAGUGGGAGUGCGCCCGCAUCGAGGACGCCUGUGAGGAGCAGGGCUCCAGUUUCCAGAUGUCCGACCUGAAGGACCCGGGUGUCUACAAGCCCGUGCUGAUCGGCGUCAUGCUGAUGGUCUUUCAGCAGAUGACGGGGAUCAACGCCAUCAUGUUCUACGCCGAGAACAUAUUUGAGCAGGCACAUUUUAAGGACAGCGAUGUGGCGUCAGUGAUCGUGGGUCUGAUUCAGGUCAUCUUCACGGGAGUGGCAGCGGUGAUCAUGGACAAAGCUGGAAGAAAAGUCCUCCUCGUCAUCUCAGGUGUUGCCAUGGCGAUCAGCACCACAACCUUCGGGGUUUAUUUCUACCUUUUGGCCGAACAUCACAACACCACCUCGCUGAACGCCUCAGCGCUGGACGUCCAGAGCCCGGCUGCAGCGGGACCGCCUCCUGACCUGUUCUGGCUGGCUCUGGCCAGCAUGGCCGUCUUCAUCACAGGUUUUGCUCUCGGUUGGGGUCCGAUCCCGUGGCUGGUGAUGUCGGAGAUUUUUCCCUCCAAAGUGAGGGGCAUCGCCAGCGCUGUGUGCGUCCUCACCAACUGGACCAUGGCCUUCAUCGUCACCAAAACCUUCCAGGACAUGAUGAGUCUCAUGACCAGCGCCGGAACCUUCUGGCUCUUCGCCUCGAUGUGCAUCGCCAACGUCCUCUUCACCAUCGCCUUCAUCCCAGAAACAAAGGGAAAGACGCUGGAGCAGAUCGAAGCCAUUUUCAGGGGCACAUCAGGUCCAUGAAGCCCCUCCCCCACUCCACCUGCAAAAACACGUCAAAAACUGUAAAAAUCUCAGACCUCGUACCUCUGAACCGCCUGGUGCUCCAGACACCGUGUGGGCAUUUUAAAAAAUCUUUGUUGAGCCUGUAACGCUAUAAAGCUUUUUUAGUUUUUAUGACCAGAACAGUUGAAUCACUGGAGCGAAUCCUCCCUUCACGGCAGAAAUGUUCGGCUGUUGUUUAAACUGUUGAACAGAGGUGACGAUUCGACUGUAUGAUCUUUUUUGAGGAUGAAAUUUAUGGUGCUGUGGACCUGUGUUGCGAUCUGGAAGAUUUCGGUCCGGGUUUAUUUGGCGACAGCUGUAGAUCCUGGUGAUAACAGCAGAUGAGGUUUAACACUACAGGUCACAGAGCUGUGGGGCAGCAAAAUAUACUUGUUUUAAAUGGAAGUCAGGCAAUAAUUGGGAUUUCUUCAUCAUUCUGUGAGCAGGCGUGAUCUGAUUUAACGCUGCAGACAGCAGGGCGGGGUGAAAGCUGGAGGCCUGCAGCUCUUUUUUUUAGCGUAAUAACACCUGUGUAUCAGAAUUGCGCCUUCUAGUGAGCCCAAUGAUGCAGAAGUUUCGGGUUAUUUUAUGUCCCAGAAGAAGAACUUUUGGUGUCAUGUGCCAGUUCCCUUUUAUACAUUUGUUACAUAUCAGCUUUACUGACAGCUAAAAAAACUGGGUUUAUAUACUCCCAGGUUGAGAGUUAAAGCUAUAAUCCACCCCAAAUCUGAAUUUUGACUAUCAAGGACUUUUAUCACAAAGAGCGGAUGCAGCUUAAAUUAAACGAUUCUGAAGGUGGAGAGUUUUUAUUGUAGAAAAUAUCCAACAUAAUCUACUUCUCCACAUUUCACCUAAAAAAAGGAGUUCUCUCUGGAUUAUGUGGACUUUUUUCACAUUAUUUUUGAUUCAACAAAAGCUGGUGACAAUAUACAUGUUCACUU